UCUUAUUAUACCACUACCGAACUAUAUCGAUCACGUUUUUAUUAGUUUAUAUAUAUGAACUGCUACCACAUACUAGCUAACUCUGAAAAUCAUCGUAUCAACCAAAAAUGGCGAAAGCUUAUUUCAUAAAGACGUUAUUUUUAUUCCUAUAUCGAAUUCUUUUUCGUAAACUAAAAAGCUUACGAAGAAGUCUGAGCAACAGCCCUUUAUUUAGCCAGUCUUCGAGCUUUAAAACAUACCAAAAGUACCCUUCUCUUUCUCAUAGAUUAUCAUCAGAUCUGACCAACUCAACUAUGAUGUUCAAUAUGGAAGGAGCUUUGUUAAGGUCUUCUUCUUUGUUCCCAUACUUCAUGCUUGUGGCCUUCGAAGCCGGAGGUCUCUUUAGGUCAAUUGUCCUUUUACUUUCCUACCCUUUUAUCUGUUUGUUAAGCCAAGAAAUGGGGUUGAAAUGGAUGGUCAUGAUCUGCUUUUUUGGGAUCAAGAAGGAGAGUUUUAGGGUUGGUACGGCUGUGUUGCCUAAAUUUUAUUUAGAAGAUGUAGGGUUUGAGAUGUUUGAGUUGCUUCAAAAAGGGUCAAAGAGAGUUGCGUUGACCAAUUUCCCCGUUGUCAUGGUUGAGAGCUUCUUGAGGGACUAUUUGCAGUUUGAUUGUGUUGUUGGUCGAGAGCUUAAGGUCUUUCAUGGCUACUUUUCGGGACUCAUGGAAGAUGACAACAAAUAUAUUCCUUCAAAUAUUUUGGAGGAGAAUUUGAUCACCACCGUCGGUCCUGAUAUUCAUGAUCAUGAUCAUGAUCAUCAUGAUAUGAUUGGCGUCACCAACUUCAAUGCUACUUUUUCUCACAACGAACUCCUCUCUUGUUGUAAGGAUGUAUUCUUUGUGAGUGAAACGGACAAAAAGAAUUGGCAAACCCUCCCAAGAGAGAGAUACCCAAAGCCACUUAUCUUCCACGACGGUAGAUUGGCUCUAAGGCCCAGCCCACUUGCCUCUCUAGAAGCCUUAAUGUGGGGCCCAAUUGGAUUUACCCUUGGCUUGGUCAGAAUCAUCGUAGCCUUGUCACUGCCCUACGAUAUCUCCAGCCCUAUACUCGCUUUUAGUGGGCUUUGCUUGACAACUAAGAAGCCCAGCACCGAGGGCCCACUCAAUCCCAACUGUAAACCCAAAGGGGUUGUCUACGUGUGCAACCACAGAACGUUGGUGGACCCACUUUACAUAGCUUUCUCGUUAAAGAAUAACCUCACUGCUCUCACCUAUAGUCUAAGUAGACUCUCUGAGAUCUUAGCACCAAUCAGGACCGUUCGAUUAACGAGAAACCGUGAUCAAGAUUCAAAGAAGAUGGAAGAGCUGUUGAGCAAAGGGGACCUUGUGGUGUGUCCCGAAGGAACCACAUGUAGAGAGCCAUACCUCCUUAGGUUCAGUCCGCUCUUCUCGGAGAUUGCUGACGAGAUUGUCCCUGUGGCGGUGACAACCCAUGUCAGCAUGUUCCACGGUACGACUGCGGGAGGGCUCAAGUGUUUGGACCCAAUCUUCUUUCUCAUGAACCCUACGCCCAUCUACACCGUCCAAUUACUCGAGAAGAUAUCGGGGCUCUCCACGCGUCAUGACUGUAGUAAAUCAAGGUAUGACGUGGCUAAUGAGGUGCAGAGUGAACUGGGUAAGGCUUUGGGGUAUGAAUGCACGGCACUAACUAGGAGAGAUAAAUACUUGAUUCUGGCUGGAAAUGAAGGGGUUGUAACUUGUACAAAAUAGAAAUUUAUUAUCAUUUAAAAAAAAAAACGAAAGAAAACAAAAAAUAGUUUAUUUGUAAUAUUAAUAAAUUAUGAUUAUCAACUGUACCCAAUAAAUAGUGUUUUUUGUUUUCUUUUGUGCGAGGAUACAUGUGUGCAUGUGAUUUGAUAAUAUAUUUAUUAAUUGCUACUUUUUGUUACUAUAAA